AUGGCCGCCUUGCGGCUGACAGUUUCCCAAUGGGCUUGUGCCUGUUUACUGUGGUUAUUGUUGUGUUCUGGACAAUGUUUUGAUUUAGCAUGUAUCGAAGUGAAGAAAUCAUUUGCUUCAAAAGGUUUUGAUGAAAAUGAUGUUCCUAUUCAAGCUAUAUCAGGUGAACAUCUAGAAGUAUGUCCAAGAUCAAGUACAUGUUGUACACAGGAUAUGGAGUCUAAAUUACAAUCACUUAGUAAAAAAGAACAUUUACAACAAAUGGAUGAAGCGUAUAAACUUAUAAAAAUUACUUUUUCAUCAAGAACCAAGAAAUUUGAUGAAUUUUUCACAGAGUUAUUAGAAAAUGCAAGAAAAGACUUACAUGAAAUGUUUGUGAAAACAUAUGGACUAUUAUAUCAACAAAAUUCCUAUAUAUUUGAGGAUUUAUUUAAAGAAUUACGUGGUUAUUAUAAAGGAAAAGAUGCCAAUCUUAUGGAAGUGAUGGAUAAUUUUUUCAGUCGGUUAUUACAAAAAAUGUUCAAACUAUUAAACGCAGACUAUCAAUUUGAUGAUGAAUAUAUGAGUUGCGUUACUGAGCGUAUGGAUGAAUUACAACCUUUCGGAGAUGUUCCCCUUAAAUUAUCAAUCCAAGUCAAAAGAGCAUUUAUAGCUGCGAGAACAUUUGUACAAGGUUUAGCUAUUGGUAGAGAUGUUGUAAUGAAUGUUAUGGAGGUACCCGCUACUGAGUCUUGUGCUAAAGCUUUAAUGAAGAUGUCAUACUGUCCACAUUGUCGUGGAUUAACAUUGACUAAACCAUGCAGUAAUUAUUGUCUAAAUACCAUGAAGGGUUGUCUAGCUUAUCAAGCUACAUUAAACUCAGCUUGGAAUGAAUAUAUCGAGGCAAUGAAAAUGUUAGCUAGUCGAUUGGAAGGACCUUUUAAUAUUGAAUCAGUGGUAGAUCCUAUUGAUGUCAAAAUAUCUGAUGCUAUUAUGAAUCUACAGGAAAGCAGUGCUAAGGUUUCAGCUAAGGUAGGUUUUCUUUUACCAAUUUAUGGUUAUAUUUAA